CUUUUUAUUGCUCUAUGAUUUCUAUAAUAAUUAUUUAGUGGAAAAUUACUGUAAAUGCUAUCUAUUUAGAUUCUAAAGUUACUAAUAUUUCAAUUUCCAAAUUUUCCAUCGACUCAGACUACCUACAGUGCCGCAAUAACCGGGUGUGUUGCGUGUGUUAAACACACGGGCCCAGGGCCCCAACCUAUAAUGGAGGGCCCAAUGAUAAAAAUUGAAAAAUAUGUAGAAAGAAAGAAAAUAAAACGAUUUUGUUAUAAUAAUAAUAUAAUAAUAAUUAAUAAUGAUUGGACAAUAGAUCGAUUUUGUCUUGUACACAACGUUAUCGUAUAUUAACGUUUCUUUUGCGACCCGUAUAACAUAAAUUAAAAAUAGUUUGGUUGCAAUUGAUUAAAGCGCGUCAUGCGAAGGAACGCGUAUUUUGACCGGCCUAUAUAGCCAUAUAGUAUGAGUGUGUGACGCAUCUCAAUUAGGUAUUGUUAUUUAUUUUUGUUAUGUGCCACGCGGGAAAACCGCGAUCGGGCUCGCUUUUAUAUUGCACGACGACGACGCUCGUUGAAAAUGCGGGAUCUUCGACAGUCUAUGUUUUAUAUUCGGUCAAUUGACAAUAAGCUAUCCAUUUAUUUAAUUUUAUUUACGUCUACAAUAAAUCAUGCCGCCAAAAGCUUUAAGUGGAGCAGCUAAAAGAAAAAAAAAACACCAAUUACAGUGUAAUAUUUUAAAAACCAAUCAGAAGAUAAAUAAUUUUUUUGAAAGCAGUCAACAUAACAAUGGUAAGUACAAAAUUAUUUCAUGAAUAAAUAUUGUUGACUAACAAGAUGUUAAAAUGUUAAAUUAUUUAAUAGAUAUAUAUAUAUAUUAUAGAUGAUUGAAAUUUUGUUAUUUAAUCUAGGUAUUUAUUAACAACUUGACUGCAAUAUUCAUAAUUCAUACCUAUAUCAUGGUCCGUGAGACUCUUUUUUUGACCUACUUAAUUUAAAUAAAAGGGUUAAAAUUGAAAUUAGAUGGAAAAAAACUCAAUAACUUCAAAUUUGUAGAAUGUGAUGUGGAACUUGAAAGUGUUGGACAAAUAUCUAAAAAUGAUUUGAAGAAUAUUUUAGACUCAAAAGAAAAUGGACAAGACACAACUAAUACGUACACUGAAAAUAAUAACUCUUCUGAUGUUAGCACUUCUACAGUUGUGGAAUAUGAUGUGGGACUUGAAAGUGUUGGACAAAUAUCAGAAAAUGAAUUUAAAAGUAUUUUAAACUCAAAAGAAGAUGGACAAGACACAAAUAAUACAUACACUGAAAAUAAUAACUCUUCUGAUAUUAGCACUUCUACAGAUUUGAAUAGUAUGCUGAAUCUCCAAGAUGAUUUCCCAACAGACAUAGCCAAAUUUCCAUGGACUAUUACUGAUGCAAAUUUAAUAAGAAGUUUGAUUUUAUAUGGACCCUGUAAGCCAGAUAUUAACUUUCCAGUAAAUAAUAAUGGUAAACGUUUUUCAUCUAGUUAUUAUUUUCUAACAACUAAAUCUGGUACAAAAAUUCCAAGAACCUGGCUAUGUUAUUCUUAUAACUUAGACUGUGUGUAUUGUGAAUCAUGUUGGCUGUUUGCUGAUAGAUCUUAUGGCAAAUUUAAGUGGGAUUGGAUUUAUGGUAUUAAUGAUUGGAAUCACUUGUCACAAAGUAUUCAAAGACAUGAAUCAUCUAUUCAACAUUUGGAUGCUGCCAAAAUUCGUUCCAUUUGGGUUAAAAAUGAAACCAUUGACGCUAGUUUAGAAAAACAAUAUACUGAUGAAGCAGUGAAAUGGAGGAAUGUAUUGAAAAGGUUGAUAAAAAUUAUACUUUCUAUAACAGCAGGAAAUUGUGCUUUAAGAGGGAAUGAAGGAAGCCUAAAAAUUAAAUGUGCCACCGAAGGAAACUUUUUAAGAACAGUUCGAUUACUCGCAGAGUUUGAUCCUAUUCUAAAUGAUAUUUUAAAUGAUGAAAAUCAAAAAAUUAAGUAUUUAAGUUGGUCUAUUCAGAACGAGUUGUUAGACAUUUUGUCUACAGAGUUACGUCAUUUAAUUUGUAAUAAAAUAAGAUCUAGUAGUUUCUUUUCUGUUAUAUUAGACUCCACUCAAGACAUAACCAAACAAGACCAAGUUAGUCUUGUAAUUCGUUAUACUACAUUAGAUUUUGAAAAGAAACAAAUACAAAUCAAAGAGUCGUUUCUCGGUUUUUAUUCACUAUCCCAUCAUGGUGCAGCAAAUUAUGUAGAACUUUUAAAAAAUACAUUAAUGAGAUUGGAUUUAAAUAUUAUGAAAUGUCGCGGUCAAGGAUAUGACGGAGCAGCAGUGAUGAGUGGUUCAAUAACAGGCGUUCAAAAACAAAUUUGUGAUAUUGUACCUAACGCUAUAUUUGUUCAUUGCUGUUCUCACAAUAUAAAUUUGGUUUUAUGUGAUGCUGCUAAAAGUACUAGAAAAAUACAAUUAUUUUUUGAUACUGUGCAAGACAUCUACAAUUUUUUUAGCUCAAGUUCGCCAAGAUGGGCUCAGCUAGCCUUUGGUGAAGAGUACGGGAAUAAAAUAAAUAAAAUAACUUUAAAAAAAGUGUGUCCUACUCGAUGGAAAGCAAGACACAAUGCUUUAUUUUCAUUAAAACACAGAUUUGUUGAUGUUUUGAAAUCUCUUUCUAAUAUCCAGCUUUCAAGUUCCAAAAAAGAUGAAAUAAAUAUGGCUACAACUUUAAAAAAAAAAAUGGAAAAUGCUGAAUUUAUAAUUAUUCUAUGUAUAUGGGAACCUAUUUUAAAAUCCUUACAAGUGGUAUCAAAGA